GGAAGGGGAUUAGGCAGGCGGGUGCCCCUCCCCCUCCCAGCCAAUGUCACCUCCUGGCGCCCAGUCAAGUCCCCCACCGGGGGCCAGGAUUACCCUCCGAGAUCCAGGCCACCGCAAAUGACAUCACUCCCAGCCGGAGCUUAAAAUCUCCCCAUGUGAGGGGACCUGUUUCCUUCAGGCUUUGCCAUCUGACAACUCCUGCCCAGGUCCCCGGCCACCGGGAGAGCCCCGUCCCUGUUUCUGAAGGCCCGCCGACCUGGGCCGCAGUGUCCCCGAAGAUCAUGAUGGCGUAUAUGAACCCGGGGCCCCACUACUCGGUCAAUGCCUUGGCCCUGAGUGGUCCCAGUGUGGAUCUGAUGCACCAAGCUGUGUCCUACCCAAGCGCCCCCAGAAAGCAGCGGCGGGAGCGGACCACCUUCACCCGGAGCCAGCUGGAGGAGCUGGAGGCCCUGUUUGCCAAGACUCAGUACCCGGAUGUGUAUGCUCGCGAGGAGGUGGCUCUGAAGAUCAACCUGCCCGAGUCCAGGGUUCAGGUUUGGUUCAAGAACCGCAGGGCCAAAUGCCGCCAGCAGCGUCAGCAACAGAAGCAGCAGCCGCAGCCCCCUGGGGCACAAACCAAGGCUCGUCCGGCCAAGCGGAAGGCAGGCAUGUCGCCAAGAUCCUCCUCGGACGUCUGUCCAGAUCCCCUGGGCAUCUCAGACUCCUACAGCCCCCCUCUACCCGGCCCCUCGGUCUCCCCCACCUCGGCGGUGGCCACGGUGUCCAUCUGGAGUCCCGCCUCGGAGUCCCCUCUGCCCGAGGCCCAGCGGGCGGGGCUGGUGGCGGCCGGGCCCCCUCUGACCUCCGCGCCCUACGCCAUGACCUACACCCCCGCCUCUGCUUUCUGCUCUUCCCCCUCGGCCUACGGGUCUCCGAGCUCCUAUUUCAGUGGCCUGGAUCCCUAUCUUUCCCCCAUGGUGCCCCAGCUGGGGGGCCCGGCCCUCAGCCCCCUCUCGGGCCCCUCCGUGGGCCCCUCCCUGGCCCAGUCCCCCACCUCCCUGUCAGGCCAGAGCUACGGUCCCUACAGCCCCGUGGACAGCUUGGAAUUCAGGGACCCCACAGGCACCUGGAAAUUCACCUACAACCCCACGGACCCCUUGGACUACAAGGAUCAGAGUGCCUGGAAGUUUCAGAUCUUGUAGAAGCCAGCUCUGUCUCCGCGCCUCGUCUGAACCAGCCCGGGAGGGCGUCCCUGGGGAAGCAGGGCGGAGCUUGGGGCCUCUCUGGCUUCGUGCGCGGGGGCUCACUCACCACGGCCCACCCCCUCCUCCCGGGAGGGUCUCCUCGCUCUCCGGGGGCGGGGGUGGGGGCGAGGGGCACACAUCAGUAGGUCUUAGUAACCCUCAACCCAGCCCCGGCUCGCGUGGAUUCUUAGCUGCCUUUUGAAACCACGAGCCCCAGACUCCAGAAAUUCUCUUGGUGAGAAUUUCGCCCCGAGACGAAAUUCAAACGCACUAGGUGGUUGAUUUGGCAAGGGGGGCGGGGGAGGGGGGGACGGGUACUGGUGAGGUCAGAAUCAAGAGGCCCGCGACCACCCAGGGAGGGAGGCUCAAUUCUGUACCUUCCGUGUGGGACACUUCCUUAGCAUAUGGCUAGAGAUCCUUCUAGAAAAUCCAAAGACAGACUUUAAGAAGCCCCACCAUGGAAGCUUAGGCCAGUCGUAUGGUUAAAUUAAAAACAUCCAUUGGGCAGAUCUCACAAACCUUGGGUUUACAUGGUAGGUUUAGGGGGCUGUUUGAUCUAUCGAUCUAUUUUUUUUCUUCUUAGUUUCUUAACUAAUGACGACUGUGUCAUCAUUCGAGUGGGCAUAUUUGGUGGCAGAAUGGAAGGCAAGUCGCCUGUUUCCUGUCUCCUUUUAACCCUUUUGUUUUAGGAUUUUUAAAUUUUAUUUUAGAGAGAGAGAGAGAGAGAGAGAGAGAGAGCAAGCGAGCAGGGGAGGGGCAGAGGGAAGGGGAGAGAGAGAGAGAAUCCUAAGCCGGCUCCUUGUUCCCCACGGGGCUCGGUCCCACCACCCUGGGAUGGAGACCUGAGCUGAAACCAAGAGUCCGACGCUCCGCUGACUGGGCCGCCCAGGCGGCCCUGUGUCAGGAUUUUCUAAAGGUGACUUUCACCCAAACAUCGGAGGAAUUUUGGCAUUGCCUGGGGUGUCCUAACUAUAGCUGUGGGUGUUUCAGGAAGAAGAGCAGAUGGAAGUUUCCCGUCUGUUAAACGUGGGGGUGGAGGGGGGAGAAACAGAUUAGGAGGAAGUCCCACGUUUCAGAUACACGGUCCCUCUCUUGGAGUCUGUUUUGGGCCCCGAUUGCGGACCCGGACGAGAGAGCCUGGCCCGAGGAGGUUUUCCUGGGGCAGCGCUGCAUUUCUUCCCGACCCACAGCGUCCGAGAGCGGCACUGGGAGAAUUCUGAGAAGGAGUCAGGCGUUUUUGACACUCGUGGGAGUUUGGCGCGUUGGCCUUGCUUCCUCAGUCUGAGUUUCCCUUUCGUUUUUUUUUGGGCCGGGGUGAUCGGCAGCCACGAGCCUUUCACCCGGUUUCCGUGGUGUGAGUCCUCCCACUACGGCUGAUUUCAAGGUGCCAGUCUGGGCUCGCGGACCCAGAGCGGGACGCAUGCCAUCUGGGCUCACGAGCCGGUAGGAGCUGGCCCCAGGCCCCUGGUGCAGGAAGGGGUGUCGGGAGGCGGGCACGGUGUGCAGAGAGGCUGGGGGGGCUCAGAUGAGUUUUCUGGGUUCAGGCCAGGACAGGUGCACACAGCCUAGACCCCCGAGACCCCUGCACACUGGGGUCACUAGAGGCCACAAAGCUGGUUUACUCAGCACGCCGUGUGAACGUCUCUCAGGGGCCUGGGCCACGCUGGCCUCUGGGCCAUUAGACCCCCAGGAGUGGCUCAGAGUCCAGCCUGGGGCACCAAGGAUACACAGAGGGGUAGGGGCUGGGGGCCACAGACACAGGCUAACCGGGGCUGAGAGGUCAGGAGGCCCCCUCAUUCUGUAUCCCUUUUUCCACUCGCUGGAACUCCAGUCCCCUUCCCGAAAAGCCACUCACGGAGCGACAACAAUUAAAAUGUUGACUCUCGCUUGAA